GCAGAGAGAGAGACGCACCACAGCAGACUGGGAUCUGACCACAGCAGACUGGGAUCUGACCACAACACAACUGGGAUCUACCCACAGCAGACUGGGAUCUGACCAUGAGGAAGAGCGAGGUGCUGGCGGCGGAGGCCGUGUCCUGCCUCAACAAGGCGCUCUGCCACCUGAAGGACAUCUGGGAGGAGAUCGGGAUCCCCGAGGACCAGAGGCUGCAGAGGACCAACGUCGUGAAGAACCACAUCAAGAGUUUACUAGAAAUGAUGAUUAAAGAGGAGGAAUCUCUGAAGAAGAGGCUCAUCAGCAGCAUUCAAAGCUGCAGGACAGAAAUGGAGAAACUCUACCUGGAGCUGCAGAUGCCUGUGUUUGAGGAGGAGACCGGCAUCAGCAUGCUCCAGCAAGAGAAGAACAUCCGCACGCAGCUGGAGGCUCUGAUGAAGGAGAAGACUCAGCGGAUGCAGCAGCUGAAGGAGCUGCUGGAGCAGGACCAGGACCUGUGCGACCUCCUGUGCUCCACACCGUACGGCCUCGCUCCGGACUCCGCCCCCACGCCGGAGCAGCUGGAGAGCUUCAGCCAGCACAUCGCUAACCAGAACGCAGAGAAGGCGAGGCGGUACGCUGAGUUCAUGGACCUCAAGAGGCAGAUCAUCGUGUACAUGGGAGAACUGGAACACGUCCCCGAGACCAGCUUUGAGAAGGACGUCGUCUGUGAGGACGAGGACUCCUUUUGCCUCUCAAGAGACAAUAUCACGUCUCUCAAGCUGCUUGUUUGUCAGCUGGAGGAGCGAAAGGCGGAGAACGAGGCGAUGUGCGAGGCUCACCGAGAGAAGAUCCAGCGACUGUGGGACAGACUGGAUGUUCCUCAGGAGGAGAGGGAGGCCUUCAACGAGCACAUGGUCACCUCCAGGAAGAGGAACCUGGAAGCGCUACAAGCAGAAGUUCAGCGUCUGGAGGAGCUCAAACUGUUAAACAUCCACAACGUGACCGACGCCAUCCGCUCCGAGAUCGCCGUGUUCUGGGAGAAGUGCUUCUUCAGCAUCGACCAGCGGCAGUCGUUCAGUCCGUAUUUCAGCGAGGACUUUACUGAAGAUCUGCUGAGUCUGCAUGACGCUGAGAUCCAGCGCUUGAAGGAGCAUUAUGAGGAUCACAAGGAGCUUUUUGACGGCGUCCACCAGUGGGAGGACAGCUGGAGACUCUUCCUGCAGCUGGAGAAAAAAGCCACAGAUCCAACAAGGUUCACCAACAGAGGAGGGAACCUUCUCAAAGAGGAGAAGCAGAGGUCUGAGCUGCACAAAAGUCUUCCCAAGCUUGAAAAGAAACUAAAAGCCCAGAUUGACACCUGGGAAAGCGAACAGGAUCGAGAGUUUCUGGUUAACGGGGAGAAGUUCAUGCAGUAUGUGGAGGAGCAGUGGGAGCUCCACCGGAUAGAGAAAGAGAAGGAGAAACAAGAGAGGCAUCUCAAGAAGAGCAAACAGACGGAGGAGGACAUGCUGUACGGGACAGCAGUACGGACCCCGACCAAACGCAGACUCCUCGGCCCUCAGACCCCAAAUAAAUCAAGAAAGUUUAACGCGACCUCCAGCAUGUCUAGCGCCACCUCUAGCAGCACCAGCCGCUCCGUCUACGGCGCAACUGUCUGCCGCUCGCCUGUGCCCCGCCCACCUCUGUCAGCUAACAAGGGUCCGGCAUCGCGGACGCCGGUCGGCGGUAAACCCCCCAACCCUCGUCUGCUGGGCUGUAACAAGGAGAACGAGGCCUUGCUCAAGGGGAGCCCUCUGAGCGGUGCGUUGACGACCCCCGCUAGUCCACAGCGUCACCACAGCAUAGCCUCUGUCGCCAGCACGUAUUCAGAGUUUGUGAGGGACUUGGUCAACACUGAAUCUGUUCAGUCAAGCGAGACCUGUCCAAGGCCUCUAACGCCAAGAUCCAGCACGACAUCCUGAACUCCACCACCUCCAACCUCUGACCUCUCCACCCUGAGGAGGACUGCGGCUCAGCUAUCGCGUCCUCUCAAUGAAGUUCAGAUCUCCGCUUUUCACUGCAAUCCGCUUUUAUUAGUAUAAAUGAAGGUAAUAAUAUAUAAAGUGUGAGGUUGGUGAUGAACUCGGACUCUGUGGUCAGUUGUUGAGCAUUCAGCGGUCUAUCACUGUCUGUAAGAGGAACAAAAAUGUCUGUAUCAUAAGUUAAACUAACACUAUUUUGGCUCUCUACAUUUUUUUGCCAGUUAUCGGGAUGUAAUAAUUAAUGCAUUUUUUUUACCACACGUUUAUAUUUUUCAAGAAACGAAAGAAAUUCUAGCUUUCUGAUGUUAUGCAAUCCAGAGUAACAGGCCAAAUGUAUUAUGAAUACUUUGCACUUUUAAAAAAAAAUAUAUAUAUAUUUACAUCGCGUUGUGAAAUGUUACACACACACACACACUCACUGUUCCAUCCCAAGGUGUUUUUUUAUACACAUGUAUGUAUUGGUGUACAUAUUUCUGUAUCUGCUGUUCUCUUCAUAGUAACUCCUGUUUGACAAAAAUGUUAGUUGUUCAAACAGGAUGUUAAGACUGUUGGUUAUUAAAGAAUGCUCUAUAUUGGUGCUGAUUAAAUACAGUUAAAUCACAUGGAAUCAAUACACUAUCAUGGCCGAUUAAGAAAAGCUUCUCAAGAUAUAAUAAAUGU